GCGAUCGACCGGCAAAUCCCAAACCGAAACCUCCCCGACAGGCGUCGUGACGCGCGCGAGCUGCGACGCAUGCGCAGCGCACCUGUUUGUGCGUACGUUUCAAUGGAUGUGCGUGCGUUUUCAUCCGGGCAUCGUAGCGCUGGUGCGAGGCGCGAAAGCAACCUCAACUUCUUCAAAAUUACAUCAGCGCAUCGUAGCCGAAGUUCAGCGCGCUAUCUCAGGGCAGCCAUGUGGUCAGCAUGCCAGUAGGCAGCCGGCGCACAGCUGGUGAGGGGCGCCAGUGGGCUGAGCCGGCAGCAGCAGCAGUCACUACGCAUGAGGCCCGCAAGGCACAUCGAGCUAAUCUGGCAACACUGGCAAGGUGCCGUGCAACACCAGGCAUGCGAGGAUCGUCGGAAAACAGAGGAAACAAUGGUUCAUACAUGGCCAUGAGGAAGGUGGAUAAGCCACGGUUUGCCAGUCCACUGAGAAAGAAAAACUCGAUGACUAAUGAAGAAAAGAGACUGUUGAAACGGCCGAGAGACUCCGGCAGCUUUGGUGGCUGUGACAAUGACACCAGCCUCAUCACCAGCGGCCGGUGCAUACAGCAAGCUCGGCAGAAGCCGGGCCGGCAGUGUUGCAAAAAGGCACGCAUUUUUGCCACAGAUGACACCCCCAGUGAAGUGACAGAGCCGGCGGGUCCUGAGGAUGCACUCUUUUCACCCGUCUACCAACUUUUUAAUGAGGCAACCACAGACACGAAGCUGGGCUUCCAAAGUCUCGCAGUCGACCCUUGCCCAAAUUCCGACGACGAGGAGCCACUGCCCGUAGAUGAGCUGCAGUCAUGCGACUUAGAUCAGCUGGUCGACCUCAAGUCCGACGUAAGUGUCGAGUGCCCGUAUGUGGAGCAAGCACCCGGAGUCUACAGUGCCGAGUGUGCCACAGCCGAAGAGGCCAAGGUAGCCGAGGACUGGGACACCUUUGACCCCUAUUACUUCAUCAAGCACCUGCCACCACUGACACCUGAAAUGCGUGCCCGCUGCCCUGCGUUGCCACUGAGGACACGGAGUAGCCCAGAGUUUUCGCUUGUGCUGGAUCUGGACGAAACCUUGGUGCAUUGCAGUCUGGUGGAACUGGAAGAUGCAACAUUCACCUUUCCUGUCACCUUUCAAGAUGUAGAAUACAAGGUUUAUGUUCGAACGCGCCCUUUCUUCCGAGAGUUCUUGGAGCGGGUGUCCAAAAUAUUCGAAGUCAUCCUCUUCACGGCUUCCAAGAAGGUCUACGCGGACAAGCUUCUGAAUCUCCUGGAUCCUCAACGGAAGCUCAUCAGGUUCCGGCUGUUCAGGGAACACUGUGUGUGUGUCAGUGGAAAUUACAUCAAGGAUCUGACCAUUCUGGGCCGAGACCUCGCUAAGACUAUCAUCAUCGACAACUCACCGCAGGCAUUCGGCUACCAGCUGGAGAAUGGCAUCCCCAUUGAGUCAUGGUUCAUGGACAGGAAUGACAGGGAACUUCUGAAGCUUCUGCCAUUUCUCGAGAGUUUGGUGUCAAUGAGGGAUGACGUGAGACCCCACAUCUGCAACAAGUACCAUCUUGCUAGCUUCCUUCCCCCGGACUAAGAAGAAAAAGAAAGCGGGGACCAUGAGACGUCGACACCACUACAGCCCGUACCACCAGAAGGACAACCGGACAGGAAAGCAUCAUCAGAAAAAAAGCCUGUACAUAUGUGGUCUGUGCCGUCUCCUUUUAAAAAAUUUUCUUUUUUGGCACGACAGCAAUCGAUUACAUCACUGCAUCUCAGCAUACAUAUACCGCUUCCGCGAAAAAUUUCGCCGUUGGAUGUUUGUUCGUAGCCCUGUCUGAGAAGGAGCAGAGUGUGCUUGUGAUGCGUGCCUGUAAAGAAGCUGAGCCCGUUUUGAGUGACGGGAAACAUUCUGGCGAUUUUUUUUUCCGAGCUAUGUUGUUUUUAGAUAUUACCUAGCAGAAAGGUGUAGAGGGUGUCUGGCACCGUGGAGACGCAAUAGCACAUAGAUGGACUGCAUGCACUGGAAGGUGCAUCUGAGAAUGCGUGCUGUAUUUGUGGCGACACCUCGCAAGACGGAGACAAACUUUAUUGCGCUAGAAAUAUUUUCGUUUCGCCCGACGCUUACUCCACCCUUCCAGAAAAAAAGUGUAAAAGCGUGCUCGCAAUGCUCCCAACACCUUUAUGCUGGCCCUUAAAUGCAUUAGUAGUUCUUGCCAAGAGUUUGUAUAGCUCGUUCAGCUAUUCCUGAACUAUUCUGCUGUACAGCGGGAGAGCCAUUGGCAGCACACAUCUGGUGCGCAGAUCCACCGAGCCACAUGCAAACCAACGGCGAAGGGUCAGAACAUUCGGAAACCGGUGCAUUAUCAGAGAAUACAGCUCUAAGGGCUCGUAACCACAGUCAAAAUGAAGCACAUCACAUGAGCGGCUGCAUUAGAUUGCUAGAUCUCUGGACGAGAUUCUGAGAGUUCUAGCGCAUCGUGUAGAAAGAAACGCACAUGCAACAUUUAGUUGCCGUACAUGUAUACAGCCGUGACAUACAUACACAGCCUCAAAAGGUUAACAUUAGUGAAGUCAAAGUUAGCGCUCUGUCAUUCGUCUACGUAAUCACAUUUUAGCGUACUAAAACACAGGCAAGAGGCAAGGAGAGUGCAUUGCCCUUUUGAAAGCAAUCUCGCAUGAUGUUGCCAACACCACCGCUGUAUGCACCUGUGCCAUCCAGUGCUUUGUCAUGUCUGUGCUGUUGAGUCUUCAGUGUGCCAGAACCCUCUACUGAGAGUUGACAUAUUUUACGUUAUUUCAUGCUUUGUGUUAGUACAUCUCGAAAGGCGAGGCUUUAUAUCUGCUCGAUAUAUAUAUACACCAUUGUUGUUUUUAGCUGCAUGUAUUUUUGUUGGUUUCUGUGCAAUAGCAUUUGCAAGAAGACAUGUGAUGUGAAAAAUGUGCACUAGAGAAAGUGGGAUAGGGGGAAUGCUGGAAGAAUUUUACACUAAAUUAGACUCGUCAACAUUAUGUUAUUGAUGCUAUAUGUGAAUUUAACAGAGCUUCUUAAACUGAUUGCAUCGCAAACUUAUGGAUGCGAGAGUUUUAGGAUAUGCUGACUCCUUUAAAUUAUACUUUUUUUUUCUGUAGUUCUGGUAUGCAUCGCUCUACUGGAAGUUUGGGGCAGAUCAAAAACUCAGUGUUAUACAAAUGGGCAGCUUUCCGUGGAAAUUGGGAAGGAAAGCUUCUGAAGUCUUACUGCACAUCGUAACAUUUUUAAUUUAUUGGAACAGGUAUUUAAUCAGCAGAGCUUCUACAUAUGACUGCAUCACUUUUGCCCAAAAGCAGCAGAGAAAAGCAGUGAAAUCAAAUGUAACACUCAAUGCUGCAGUUAAUCGUGUAAUGUUAGUGUUGCAAGUGAGAAUUAUGCAUUAACGCGGAUGAGGAUUUAAACCCCUUUGCAGAAGCACUCCCACCUUCAUUACCACAGAAAGCUGUCCACGAGUGUGUUAUGCCCGAUAACUGUUGUGAAAAAGAAAGUGAUCUCUUGCAUUGUUCUUGUUUGCUUCUGUUCGAGUGCAAUGCUGUGUCGGAGAUGUCAAAGGCUCUAGAUGGCUUUCAGAAUGCAUUAACGAUAAACCCCCCUUUUUUUGUUGAUUUACACAGAUUGCUCAUGGCAGGAUUCAUGAGACGUGUCUCGUCUGUCUCGCGCUUUGUUUUAUUAGCUGCUCAGUAGUAUUGAGCCACGCAAUAAAGAAAAGAGAAAAGCUCACCUGCUGUGUACAUUCAAGCGAAAAUUACCAGAAUUUGAUGAAAGUAAAGAAGGAAAACCUUUUGACACUACUCAACCAAAUAUUUGAUCAGUCAGCUCUAAAUUCGUCUUUCAUGUUUACUUCUGUAUUCAUAACACUUGAGCCUCGCACACAAGCUGCAUUAAUAGGUCUGGCAUUGGCGCGUCCUUGAUUUGAUUGGUAGUGACGGAAAACUGCUAUCGCCGUCAAGCCUGGCCUCUGUGGUGGCAGGCAUCUGAGGCGGAGGUGAUCAAUGACCUGGUGGCAGCACCAAUCACCCCCAGCACCAGUCACGUGAAUAAGGGUGAUAGCCAUCGUCUUGUCCGUCAAACCAACACUUCCUCACUACGUGAGUAAGAGAGGUGGCUUUGAUGGGCAAGACAAUGAAGUCCAUAUUUGUAGAGGAUGGGUUUUUUUUUUUCUAUACGAGCUAGGCAAGUGCCAAUGCUAAGUGUAUUGUUUCAAGGCAAAUCCUUCCUCGCAGCAAAAUCUGUAUAUGUAAAUCAAUCGAAACUCAUGUGGUCAGUGAGAAUGAACGACACUGAUCUGCAACAUGCUAGAACAUUGCACCGCAAGUAGACCGGGCACGUGGUACACAUUAAAACUCUAUGCGAGAUUUGAGUGACAAGUCCUGUUGCAAAACCUUAAUAAGCGUACUGAUACAGAAAUGCGAGAUACAAAAGGGGGAAUUCAAAACGAUACUUUCCGGUAGCUGGCUUGGAACAUUGCCGUCACCAGGACACUACUCUGUAGGAAAAGGCCAACAGCACCUAGUUAUAUUGGCCACUGAUGAACAAAACAUUUUUGUUUCCCCCUUUUCGUUAUGUCUGCACUGUCUCAUUUGACAUUAGUUGACGUUCACGACUUCCCGUGCUGGAAGAAGUGUUGUCCUGGCAGAAAGUGGCUUUCGUCAGUGACACAUGUAUAGUCUCUAGUUUGGUGUAUAAUAAUACCAGCUUUGAGAGGUCAUUGGUUGCCAUUACUGUGUCAGCACAAAACUUGCUAUUAUUAGUGCUUCGCUCAUUCUUUCUUUCUUUUGGUGAAGUGCAAUUUCUAUGAGUUAUCGUUUUUGCUAGGAAUGCAUGAAAUAUUACCUAGCCAUGUUAAGGGAGCUUGCAAGUGCAUUCGUGGCACAGACGUUUUAUGUACAAGAAAUUUAUAACAUCGACAAACUUAUGUGCCAAAAAACACAAUGCUAUUGCCGACAAACUUUUCCCAGUGAGCCAUGAAACCUGACCUGCUGUACCUGCUGCAAAAAUAUAUUAGUACAUGCAAAAAAAGAGUGCAAAUGUCUUACACAUUUUUGUUUUUACACUGUGAGAAGACUUCGAGAAUGUUUUUAUUGUUAUUAUUAUUAUCUCAUUGCUUAAAUCACGCAUUAUCCCUCAUUGUGCAAUUUUGCUGUCUCUAAAAUCGAAUUUAUAUAACAAUCGUACUUUACAGCAGAUGCCCUUGGGAGAGCAUUCAUCCAUUAAUGAGCGACUGUAACCAUUUACUUGUAGUAAGAGCUUACUUUUCUAUGUUUUAUUUACAGAACAACAUAGGGAACAUAUUUGGACCUGCCGUAGACUGUUGAUAAAGGUGCAAUCUACAAUUCAGCUUGCGAGAUUAUUAGACUGUCAAUUACAAAGAAAGGGGGGAGAAGGACUUUCUAAGGUGAUGAUCUAUGUUCAGUGAAAGAAAAAGCCAGUCUACUGUUGAUCGUAGGCAAGAUCCGCUAGCUGGUUUCCUUGCAUGGUUUGAAUGUGACCAAUGUCUCCCACACUUGAGGCCGGGAAUUGAUUUGUCAUGGGUUCUCUUCGAUUUCAUGCAUGCUUUUCAAGUGCAGGUGCUGUUUAGUGCGAGUCCUGCGUGUUGCAGUACUGCAGUGAGGUUUAUGUACAUAGGCCGAAGCAGUAGCACAGCGCUGUAGCUCCGCGAAAAUGUGGGUAUGCUUGGCAAUGUACCACAACAUCACAUACAGUGUGAUUCAGUCACAUGUUUAUGUAUCUAUAAACGCCUUUACAUAUUAUACUGCUGUGAUGAGUUCUGGAAUGUUGAGUAAACGCUUCUACACUGUGCUUUGCUCUCAGAGAGAAAAGGAAUGUUGUGAAAGUAUUGUACCAGAGAGUACCAAGGGGCUGUGGUAUGCUAAGUGGUGCGCAUUACUAUUCGGCUGGUAAGUAUGGAGCGAGUUUUGGGAGCCUACAUUAGUGCUAACGGGUGCAGUUUUGCCUUCGUCAGCAGAUACUCAUUUAGACAUGGCUGUUGUGAGAAGAGACCUGCUGGUAUUCACUGUUUGAUAGACCUGUUCAGAAGCCCCAAAUUGUGCAAGAAAAAAGGUAGUGCUGCCGAUGAUCCACAGCGAUUCUAAAAGUUAUCUAUAUUCCCAAGAAAAUCUUAAAUUUGUAUAAAAUCACUGUUGUAGUUUGUAUGAUAGCAAAUGUAUGGAAAACAAGGUUAUUGGACAAUACAGAAAGUGUCAUGAGAGCGUUUUUCUUGCUAUAAAUAUUUUUCCCCAUAUAUGGGAGCGUUGCUGGCCAAUAACUUUUUUUUUUUCUUUCUAGUUUCUCGGAGUGUGAGUUCCAGCUCCCGGACUCCAUAACAUAACUAAGGGGAAUUCACCAAGAUAGGCAAGGACAUCGCUGUACUAACGACCCACUUUUAUAUCAGUGUGUUAUGUAUUCAUUCACGCGCACAAAAAUGAGUCGGCUAGUACAGCAACAUCCUUAGUCGUCUCCCCUGUCUGCCUCGAUGGGAGUUCCAUCGAAUGAAUUCACAUUAGCAAUAAACCAAUUUGACUCUGUUGAAUACAACUCUAAUGUUAAAAUGUCUCUCACACAAGUCAUGGCUGACCGCAGUCACCUUAAAAAGUCACAAUGUGGUUCACCACAACUCGUUCUAAACUUUCAGCCGUUGUCGGGUAUGUACUGAAACAGGGUUGGCUGGCUUUGCGCGUAUUACGGUCGAGGCAGGCGGCCUGCUGCCUUGCAUUAGUUGUGGGCCGAAGUGGAACAUCGGCCACGGCAGUUCAUCUUGUGCUAUAUCACUACACGUUGUCAUGCCAUGCCAGCUGUAGAAACUGCGUAUGCUUUUUAGUCGUUCUGAUGAGAAGGCUCGUCUCUCUUAGAUUGUUGUUUGUUAGCUAUGGCACAUUGUUAACGAGCGUAGCUGUUGUCUGUGUGCUGCUGUUGGUUCUUGGGAGAGUUUAAUUAAAAAAAAGAAAGCUCUUGGUAAAAACUGGGAUGCCAGGGAACAGAAAAGAAAACUACAAAAAAAACAUAGGAGGGGCAGGGGUGAUGAAUGCUUGAGUGCCAUCGAAUAAUAUGUGUAAAUGUGUGCACGUAUCAGAGGAUCUCACUAUCAUUUAAGUACACGUGUGUGCUGGCCAGUGCGUGGCGUAUAUACGAGGAAAGUCUCAGGCAGGGUUGAGCGCAUUGCUACUGAGUGUUGUGAAACUUGCCGCUUGCGUUUUAUUGUUGUUCCUAGCAGAGAGAGGGGAACAGCUCGAAGAUGUGUUGUGUCGAAGGCAUGCCGAAGCAUGCACGUGGAAAAAAAAAAGGCAUUUGUUAAGCUGAUUGUUACGGCAUCUGUCCCGUACACUGCUAGACAGCCAAAAGGCACGAAGGACAUUGGUUCACGAGCGUGUAUGCAUGCACUUCCAGUUUUGUACUGUUUGCAUUUGUUUUUAAGUUGUAGGUUAAAAAAAAAAAAGUACAAUUUGGUCUGUUACACUGCAGAGCUAAGAAGAUAACUUGUGACUGUUAUGUCUGCCAAAUUAUGUCUUGCUUUUUUCUUUGUCUUUUGUAAUCUUUCCCUGGUUCUCUGUCCGUGAAGGCUGCUACAAUCAGCAGUGCUCUGAAAGCGUGCGUCUAAAGGGGAUUCCUUGAAUCGGAAUCGGCCUUUGGCUGUGCGAGAUUUUUACUUUGCUGACUUCAUUAGUCGACAUUUCAAAGGAAAUGCUUAAGGGGCAUGCUUUCCAUCUUCUAGCCAUGCCCACUGUUUGCUUUUUCUCGAGGCGUCUUCGCUUGUAAAGUUUUUGCACUCAACACCUCUGCAUCGGCACCCAUUUUCCCACAUUUACUAAAUGUUCCCUCUCUCCUUGGCUUUCAUGAGAGCACUUUCACUCGCAUAAAAGUGCCACAGCCAGAUGAAUAAUCUAUCAUUGUAGCCUAGUUUGACUACUAUCAUCUAGAUGUCAUUACAACUACUUCGCAUUUUAUACUCGGGGUCGAGGUGAAACUAGAAAAAAGAAAGAAGGGGGCCAGUGGUCUAGACGUGUACACUACCUGCCGUGUUGAGUGUGAAAAACAGUGCAGGGGUACCAGAGACCACACCAGGCUGUUUUGAGUUCUCUUCAUUAUGAAAUUUCUUUUGUUUGCAGUAGCGCCCAAAUUUCGCUGUACUGGCAAAAUCUGACUGCAUUGCACGCCUUCCUUCGUGAUUUGGCAGGUGCAUACUUGUUCGAGUUGUGGUGCAGGAAACACUUCGAAGGAGAAACUCCUUCGUAGCGUGUCUCCGUGUCAAGUGAUAAUAAAUCACCGAAGGACAGAGGGUAGUGUCCUGUAUAUCAGGAACACUAGCAGAGAAUUGAUAAAGCCGCCAUCUCGUGGGAUGUUGUGCAGGUUUGCCUAGUUCUUCUGGCAACUGUAGUGAUAGGAUGACAGCGAGUGUGUUGUAUUCGCUUGCUUUUGGACAAUGCGAGCAUGUGUAGCAGCCUCUGUGACGCUACUUGGCCCAAAUUGAGUUUCUACUCCCAAAUGUCACUUGCUCCACGAGUCUUGGUUGUAGGGAAAGUGCUUCCGCAAACAUUUUACUAAGGACAGUAAGUUGUUGGGCAACUGUUGAUGCGCAUGCGUGGAAGUUUUCUGCCAAAAGGGCGCUUUGGCAAGAAAAGGAACAAGAUCCGCACUAAAGUAUCGUUCGAGAAAGCUAACUGUGAAGAAAAAAUGACGAGAGGACAGCGAUUGAUUGUGUAAGAGGAAUUUCUGCUUAUGCAGCCCGAGUGCUAAUGGAGAUGUGCGUUCAGUCAGAAGUACAAGAUGCGUAACGUCCUGUACGAGAACAACACGCCUUCAGUGCUUUUCUACUCCUAUCAUUUUAAACUGCAGUUUCCGCGUGGAAGUGCUGCAUAAUUUGCAGCUGAGCUUCCUUGCCAUAAAAAAAAAAAAAUUUUACUCUCCCUAACCCAAAUCCGCUGCGUACACCGAGCUGAAGCGGUGGCACGCACAUUCCGAUCACGCGUGACGACAACUGCCUGCAUUUAUUUGAGGCAGCUGCGGACGUCAACAUUUUGUACAGUACACUGAAGAAGUCUUUACCCGUUCGAUACUGGAACUUUGAUGCAAAUUUUUCGCCACAGCUGUCCAGACAGUAGCAGUAAUCUCGUGUAGCUCAGAAAACGUGUUCAGCAUGGGCUACGCUUUAGGUUGCACUGUUAAGUGUGUUUCCUUGGGUUUCUGUCUGCCGUUUUUUUCUGUUUGCUGCUUUUUUCUCAGUAACGCGGAACUUGUAGAAAUCAAAACGUCACAAAAUUGUACAGCGUGCAAUGUGACUGAAGGAGCCAAAUGUCAUGCACCGAGCCUGCUGCUCUGCUAGAAUGAAUAUCUUGCAUUAAGGGAGCUUUUGUUGCUCUACAUCUCGUGCUGGUGGUACCCUGCUCACAAAAGAUGAUGCUAUUACUAAUAAUAAAUGAACAUUCGAAUUUUCAGAUAGGCAAGCUGCUUUUAAGUGUGUUUUCGGUGCUUUUGAAACUGCAUCAGUUAGGCAUGUUUGCACCAUACGACUUACAAGAGAACACACGCAUAUACAGGCAUCACCAAAACUGCUUGUUACUUGCUAGCAGAGAGCUUCAUACCAAAAUUAUUGGAGGGAAGCCCAUCGUCACAAUAUGGCAGUCUGACCAUGAUUGGAGCUACCAGACAUUAGAAUUGGCAAGUGUUAGUACUCUGUGCAUACCACCCAUAAGAAAGCUGUACUUCUCUGGUACGCAUGAGCAGAAGUUCUGCACACGUCCCCAGGUGACACAUUACAUUCUUGUACACAAUGCCAUUACAGACGAUGUACACAGUACUAAAGCUUCCUAUUGUCUUGAUCAGCUUAACUUUUUUUCUAAUGUAACCUAACAACAUUAGUCACAAGCUGCAUGCCAAAUCUAAGAAACUUGCACAGAACAACUAUUCUGUUUGUGCGUCCAAAAUUGUGCACUACGACAAAUUAACUCGCAACGCUGAGUUGUUUCUGAAACUAUUACCAUGAUGGAAACAAAUGAUGGCGCUGUUGAUUGUCAAACAAGACUAUCCAAAUCGAUUUGUGAGAGUAAGACCAUGAUCAUUGCCUUCCAUAGUUUAAUUGUUGGAAUUUUACACUCCCUCCAGUAAUGUUUAUGUGAAGCUCUAACUUGUGCCCCUUGAAAUCUAUAUGUGACGCAGGUGUAUCGCACUCAGAAAAAGUGUUUGUGCAUACUUACAUGCAAAAAUUUGAAAAAUUUCUUUUAGUAAAUAGUUCUUGUCAUAUAUACACCCCACUUUAUUGGCAACUGCUGGUGAAUACUGCUGUCAGUUUGCUUAAAUGGAAUCAGCUGUGUACAUUUCUAUGCCCCUGCUGCUGUUUUUGUGCAAUUAAACAUAUAAUUGCGCAUUUAUUAUGCUGUCUUUCAUUGAGUCAACCAAAUAAACAAACAAUCUUCA